CUUCUCCCUCCUCCUCUCUCUCUCUCUCCACUCCACGCUCUACCUCCUACAGCACACUCUGUAUAUUCAAGUGAGCGAAUUGAUUUUCAUUUUUAGAUGCCUCAGCUAACGCCACCACAACGUGCUGCAUACACCCGUGUCAAAUGGAUAAAAAUACCUAGCCUGCAUCCUUCUUGCUCGGACAUGUCGCCCCAGUACUCACCCUCGAUAGCAGGGACUGGAUGCUUGCCUCAGGGUCUGAGGACAAGACGUGUCGUAUCUGGGAUCUUCGGACAGACAAGGUCCACAAGGCCCUUACAGGAUUCGAUUCCUCUGUGACUACAACAGCAUUCACGCCUGCAGAUUCACACACGAUCUAUGUUGGCUCGGGCGAUAAGGUCUACACGUAUGACUUGAGAAUGGAUUCACUUCUUCUCAAUACAACGCAGUCCACCAGAUGCUAUGAUGUAGCUGAGGAUGAGAUCAACCAGAUCCAUGUGAACCACAAAGGGUCCUAUCUGGUUGCAUGUGAUGAUGCUGGAGACAUACGCGUCCUGGACCUCAGGUCUCAUAAGUGGAUGAGACACCUUGACCGCAAGCACCAUAACAUUGCCAUGACAGUUCAAUUUAUACCCAAGAAGGAACUACAAGCAAUCUCCGGAGGCAUGGACAAGCUGGUUGUUGCCUGGGAUUUUUAUAAGGGCCGUGCCAUUCAAGUCAUCGACACUGACAAUCCACAGCCCGAAGGUGUCCAGUCAAAACAGCUGUUCAAUCCUCCGUUUGUGCAUUCGAUUGCAGUGCAUCCGUCAGGAACACGCGUGGCCGUUGGCUUGGGCGAUGGGACUGUUCAGUUCCUACAUACAUCUGCUGAUCCACCUAAUGCGCCCACCGCAGCGGAUGAGGGACUGCCGUCUGCGGGUGCAUCGAAAAAGAGUAAGAAGAAGGCUGCUAGUGGUAGUAGUGGCAAGGGAUCUGAGGGAUGGCUGCUAGGUGGCAGACUGAUCGAUGCCCAUGCGAGUGCCAUUGCCACGAUGUAAGUGACAAAAAAGAAGAGAAAAUAGAAGAAACCCACCCUUCAAGUUCGUGUUCAUCCUCAUAAGCGCCCAGUGUCUGGCUGUUAAUACGACCCACUUCCUUUAUAUUUGAAUCUUGGGUACGAGCAGUGAGUACGCGGGAUUCGAUCCGAAUUGGCUCGUUACGUCCGCGAGUAAUGGCACCGUGGCCAUUUGGGACGAUCAAGCAGCAAGAUACGAGUCUAUCCAGCAGCAACAACGACUACUGGAGCGGGUGAAGGA